UGUUUGAUUAAAUUCAAUGCAUCUGUGUCAUCACUGAGUACCUGUGUAAACUCGUGUGCUUUGUUUGUAUUCCAUCGAACAGGAGAAACGUAGUAUUUCAUGGUAAUGGAGAUUUCUCAAAACAGUGAACAUGGUGAAGUAAACCAGUUCUCUUGUGGUUUGUGUGGUGUAAAUUUUAGUCUAAGCUAUCUUUUACGUAAACAUAUUAAAACUCAUACUGUUGGAAAAUAUAAAUGCGACCUAUGUGAAAAAGUUUUUUACACGAUCAAAGCUUUAAAGGUACACACAAGAAUACACACUGGUGAGAGACCUUAUAAAUGUGACGUGUGUGGUCAAGGUUUAAAUACAAAGCAAUCUUUAAAUUCUCACAAGAGAAUUCAUACGGGCGAAAAGCCGUUUAGAUGUAUAGUAUGCGAAAGACGGUUUAACCAAAGUUCACAUUUGUUAAGACAUAUAAAAAUACACACUAAUGAUAGACCGUAUGUGUGUAAAGAGUGUGGAAAACGAUAUAUUGAGAGAGCAGACUUAAAGCGACACAUAAUAAAACACACUAUUAUAAAGGAAAACAGUAAUGUGUGUGAAAAACCGUAUAAGUGUGAUGAUUGUGGUAAAUGCUUUAGGUAUGGUAAAAUAAUGAUAAAGCAUAUGAAAACACAUAACUUACUCAAAAUAAACACUUCUGAUAAAACUCAAGAAAUACGUAAGAGUAAACCUACUAUUGACAUUGCAAUUAUACUUCACAAAUGUAAUUUUUGUGAUGAAGCAUUUAGCCAAAAAGGAAAUAUGUAUGCACACCAGAAAACACACAAGAACGAUAAAGAAUUUAAAUGUGAUGUGUGUGGUAAUGGCUUUCCACAAAAUAUUGAGUUACAAGCGCACAUAGAAAUACACACUAGUGAAAAACUUUAUAAAUGUUAUACGUGUGGCAAUGAGUUUAUUUCUAAUUCAAAUUUAAAGGUUCACGUGAGAACACAUACUGGCGAAAAACCGUUCGAAUGCGAAGUCUGUGGUAAAAGGUUUAGACAUAAACCACAUGUGUCACGACAUAUGAAAAUACAUACUGGUGAAAGACCAUACGUGUGUAAUAUGUGUGGGAAAGGAUUUAUUGAGAAAUUUGACUUAACACGACAUGUUAUGAAAACACAUACAGAAAAACUCCAAAGUGUCUCGAGUAACAUGCGUUCCGAAGAGAAUAAGGCUGUUCUAAUAUCUAAGGAGAAAAACUCAUCUAAAUGUGAUGAAGCUGGUAAUUCACACGUGAACGAACAUGAGAAAACACAAACGCUUAUUACAAAUGGCGAAUCUUUUAAAUGUAACAAUGAAAUAGAUAAGUCAGAUGAUUCAUAUCAAACUUCACAGAAACAUACGGGAACAGCUAAUGGCUACACCCACACAACUGAUGUUAAAGGUGAAGGUCAAAAUGAAAAGGAAAAAAUACAGACACACUUGAAAAUAUUUGCUAGUUUAAAACCUUUCAAGUGUAAGGAUUGUGGGAAAGAGUUUUGGGAGGAGAGCAGUUUGCAGACACAUAUGAUCAAGCAUUCAGGAGAGAAACCUUUUAAGUGCAAGGAGUGUGGCAAAGGUUUUAUGGGAGAAAAAGCAUUACAGUCACACUAUUUAGUACAUUCUGAAGAUAGACCGUAUCAGUGCGAUGCAUGUGGAAGAGGAUUCAAAACAAAAAGUUCUUUAACGGCACACUUGAUAACGCAUUCUAGUGACAGACCGUUUAAGUGUGUUAUAUGUAACAAAACAUUUAAGAAGUGGACACACUUACAAAAUCAUGCAAGAAUACAUUCGACCAAAGACCUGUUUGAAUGCGAUGUAUGCAACAAACACUUUGCUGGAAUAAAAGGCUUAAAAAGGCACAGACGAAUACAUACAGGAGAGAAACACACAUGCUAUAUCUGUGGGAAGGAGUUUACUUUUAUUGAUAGUAUGAAGGCACAUAUGAGAACACAUACUGGUGAAAAACCGUACAUGUGUUCGGAAUGUGGGAAGCGAUUCGGGCAAUCACAACAUUUGAAUAGACACAUGAAAAUCCAUACGGGUGAAAAACCUCAUAUGUGUGAUGAGUGUGGUAAACGGUUUAUUGAUGGAAGAGACAUGAGGAGACAUAUGGAAUCACACACUAGAAAAAAAGUUAAAAAGACUAAGAGUUUGUUAAAUGGCAGACGACAUUGAAAAGAGACGGGAAAUAAGACAUCUUCUGAAUUUAAUUCACAAUAGGAUCGUAUUUAAGCAGUUCGAUUUUUACUAAAGUUAACAUGAUCACAUAUUCGUGUGUGUAUAUUUUGAUUCUAGAACUUUGUAUUUUGAUUCUAGAACUUUGUAUUUUGGUUCUAGAACUUUGUAUUUUGGUUCUAGAAUUUUGUAUUUUGAUUCUAGAACUUUGUAUUUUGGUUCCAGAACUUUGUAUUUUGGAUCUUGAACUUUGUAUUUUGAUUCUAGAACUUUGUAUUUUGGUUAUUGUCACUAGGUUGCUACGUCUUCUUCCUUUCAUUUUGACUUUUAAACGCAACGUCAUGUCGAAUUCAAAUAUGUGCCUAAUCAUGCUACUUAAAAAACUCGGAAGAUCGUACAAAAGUAGAAGUUCGAAAAGUUUUGGAUUACAUAUAGUAUAUAUAAUUUAUAAAAAAACAGCAAUACUGAUGAGAAGUGAAUUUUUGUCUCGCCUGCUACUUCUGUCCCAGAAAGUGAGACAUAGAGAUAGUGAUUCGGCGGCGUUAACUAAUUACUUAAAAGCGUAAUAUUUCAGAUGGUAGAAUACACGGAUGGUUAAUAAUUUCUAUAUAGAUGCCUAAUAUUAUGAAGUUUCCGUCUGUCAUUUUCAUGAUUCAGUGACUACUUGAAAAAAAAAAGUUCAAAUUUUUUGAAA